GCAGAAUGGUGUUUGUGAAGAAGAAACAAAUCUUGAAAGUUGAAUACAUACUUGUCUGAAGCAGAUUCUGUUGUGAAAAACCUUGAAGGGGAAAAUAAAGAUUAAAGAGACUGCUAUGUAAUGACAGUCCAGGCCAGACUCUAAAGUCUAAACAUAGCCUUAGCCUUAGAAUUGAAAAGGGCAGCUCUAUAGGGACCGUUCGGAAGUCACUGACAGUCAAGUGGCUGAAGAGCCUAGACCAGCUCUUCAUCCAUCCAUCCAGAUUGAUGGCAUAGCACAAGACCAUCUCUUGUAUCCAGCUCUAUACAGAGACCUAUUAUGUUAUCUUGUGGUUUCUCUUCCUCCCAAACAUUCAUUCACCUCGCAACCUAACUUCACCUCACACACACAUGCACACACCGUCAUGUGGUUUAUCUGUCUAAAAACUUGAGGGGGGUGUAGAUCAACUCCCUAUGACAUCACUCCUGAAGCUUGAAACAGAAUCAUUUGGUAUGUGUGCAGUGUCUGCAUUGCACGCAUUGAAAGGUACACAUCAUGGACAGCAGAUUUCUCUAUGAUGUCACUGGAGCUGGAGCAUGUAAAUGUUUAGAUAAAUGGGGAAUGUGAGAGAAGCAAAGCUGAAUUUAUAUUGGGGGAACCAUGGUUGCGUGACAAUGUGGAAGUUUAUGUCCCAUGGUAUUGUUGAACAGGAUGCUGACAUUCAGUGAAGGUUUUGCUUCAGUUGUGCACAGUCAAACUCCAUUGAAUUAUCGCUCCCUGCAGUCAAAAUGGAGCGCUAGAGAGACGAGCACCUGGCAUGUGGCAGAACUAUUCUUGGAUGUAUUUCGUGAAGUUUUCAUGAGAGAAAAUGGUGGAUUUUGUGCGUGGUUAUAGAGCCAGAGAUGCUAUUAAAAUGGAUUCUAUAAAUAUGGAUAAUAAUCUGGAUUCACUUCUAGAUCUAGACUUCAACUUCAUGAGGGACAUGUCGAUGGACAUCGCGCCUACCCUCAUCACGUUGUACGACUCGGUAGCAGCAAAUGGCCAAGUAGAUGAACAUCCCCAUCAAGGAGAGGAAGAGGAGGAGCGUGUGCGGCUGCAGCAGGACUGUGAGUCAUGUGAUCAGGAAGAGCGAAUUGCAUUUGUGCCGAGCUCAACUACCCUGGCUGCAGCUUGUUUGAGAGACUCAGAAGGAAGUUUGAUUGCAGCCGAUGAUGUCACCCAAGAAAACGAGGAAAAAUGUAGCAAAGGAGAAAGUGACAACAGGGGUAGGGAAGGUUGUGAGAGCCCUUUAGUAGCUGCAGAAGAGGAGAGACUCGAGCACCUUGCUUCUAAUCAUAGCUUCUUACAUGCUGCAGGAGGAAAGGUGCCGUUGUUAGACAGUGUCUCUAUUGAUUCUUACCUUGAUAGAACUACCCAGGAGAAACAAGAUAACGCCCAAAAUGGCAGCGGCGAUAGCAAUAGUGUUUCAAGUGCAAAUAUAGAAGCCCUGAUUCCAUGCGGGAAGGUGAACCUACAUGGAGCUCGCGAUAACAACUUCAACGUAGAACAUUCCAGUAGGAUGGUUAGUAGCGAUGAUCCAGGAGGAGAAAACAUGGCAAUAGAUGUAGACUUCAACAGCAAUAGCAAUAAUGACUGCAGGCCACGGGCCCAGAGCGCCGACCUGCUCUCAGACAGCAGAAGAUGGAGUCAGAGACAGCGUCCAGCAAGUGCAGAGAUUACGACGACGGAGUAUCUUGAGAGCGGUGCUUGCUCACCGGUUCUCCAGCAGAAACAUGAAGAGGCGCAUCACAGCCAUGCCCCUACCAGGCAGAACUCGUCCCGCAUCAACCCUCCGAUUAUUGUCACGACGACUCCUCUGACCAAUGAAGCCAUGUCCCCACCUACAUCACCCCCAACAUCACCCCCGAUGAGUCCCACCUUCAACAAGAGACCAAAGUCAUCUAUCUUCAGCAUGCAGGGAAGGACCUACCUGGGCAGAAUAGUAGAUGAGAUCAUAGAAACAGAGAGGAGUUAUGUGGGAGAUCUUGGAGACAUUAUCAAGGGUUACAACCAAACGAUGAAGAACCAUCCUGACAUCCAACUCAGCCAGGAGAAGUUUGACACUCUCUACUGCAAUCUAGAGGAUAUUCAUUCUUUCAACAGGGAACUACUAGCAGAUCUUGAGGAGUGUGAUGAAGAUCCCGUCAAGGUGGCUGAUUGUUUCCUAGAAGUGGAGGAUGAUUUCUGCAUCUACACCAAAUACUGCACCAACUACCCCAAGGCAGUGGACGUACUGACGGAAUGUAUGCAGGAUCCCUUCAUAUCGGACUUCUUCAGAGAGCAACAGGCUCAACUCAAUCAUGGUCUUGCUCUAGGUGCCUACCUACUCAAACCUGUACAGAGGAUACUCAAAUACCAUCUCCUCUUCCAGGAUAUGAUGAAGCAUUACAAGGAAGAACAGGGGCGGGAUGUGAUCGCCAGGGCGCUCAAGUCAAUGACUAACGUGGCAUGGCACAUCAAUGAUAUGAAGAGAAAACAUGAGGCAUCUGUCCAUGUUCAAGAGAUACAGAGUCAGCUACAUGGAUGGCAGGAUGAUCUGAAUACCUAUGGAGACCUUGUAUUGGAGGGUGUAUUGCGGAUGCAUGGAGCACGAGGUGACCGGUUCAUCUACCUGUUCGAGAGAGCGCUUCUCAUCGGCAAGAAACAUGAGAACACAAAUCUCAUCAGUAUUAAGACUCAAAUCACAUGUGCCAACCUGAUGCUAAUAGAAAGUGUUCCCAAAGAACCCCUUGGCUUCAAUGUGAUUCCCUUUGAUAACUCAGACCUACAGUACACCAUUCUUGCCAAAUCUCAGGAGCAGAAGAAACAAUGGACUCAUGAAAUAAAGAGACUUAUCCUUGAAAACUACCAGAGCAACAUUCCUACCAAAGUCAAAGAACUCAUCCUCGGUACAAGAGCAGCUAAGAAUGCUAAAGAUGAUAUUGAGGCAGAGAACAAGGCAUCGCCAUCAUCACCUCAAGAACCCACCAUGUCGAGGGACAGGAAAGAACGCAAAUCUCGCAAGAAACACAAACGGCGCAACUCGGAACCCAUGGGCAAACUACAGAGGGGGCAAAAGCAGGUCAAAGCCGCUGUAGAGAACAUAAUAACCGGAAUGAAAAGGCCAGAUUUAUCCAAACUGGGAAGUAAGAGGUUUGCUGAUAUCCCUCAGGAUGACGGUACAGAAGAUUCCCUAGAUGAGGUGGAUUCCAACAAGACUGGGAAGAGCGAACCCUGCACACCAAACGAGAAAGGAGAGAGCACUUUGGCCCCUCUAGCAAGACCUGAGGAGAUGAGAGAUGAAUCUGGUUCUCAACAAGAUACCAGACAAGACUCUUCUCGAUCCUCAUCCAAGAAACUGGUUCUAUCCAAUAGUCUGGGAGACAAGAAGGAAUCCAAUCGAGACUCUGGCAUCGGUAGCAUGAAUCUCUCCGAGCAUCUCAAGCUAGACUCCGAGGAUAAGAGCAGCGCUGAUGAGGCCAAGGCUGGAGAUGGUAGGACAGGCAAGAAGAAGGGUGGAGCGGUCAGGAAACAACGAGAGAAUGGGGCCAAGAGACAAGAUGGUCUGGAUGAUACAGAAGAGGAGGAAGUAGAAGGAGCAAAGGGAAGCGAAGGAGAGAGUCCUGAUGAGUUGGAAGCAUUAGAGCAGCUUUCAGACCCACUCCUUGACAUAGAGCUAUCUCCUAGACCACCCAGGAGAAGCCUGAGCACUAUUCAUGGCCCAGAGCUCUUCAAAUUAAGAAGAGUUGAUCUCAAGGAGUACCGUCCACUCAAUGACCGAUUCAGCAAAGACCAUGAUGAUGUCUGGGUCCCUAUGACAGGCAAGGCAUUUGCCAGGAAUCGCUCGUUCUCUCACAUUCCAACAAGACCCCAGAGUGCCGACGUCUGUACCCAUCCACACUUCCAAAAACUGAGACUAUCAAGGACUCGCAGUGAUGACAGUUCCCUCCAUGCCUGGGCAGAGCUGGCUAAAUGCCAAUCAGAUCCAAAUAUUACUGAUCACAAGUCUGACCUCGGGGAUUCAAUUAAGAGCCAUGAUGAAAAGCAGAGUGGUCUCGGCUCCUCUGCAUCUACAUUUGGGACAGGGGAUGGAGACUUUUCUUCUUUGUCAUCUCAUGAAAAUCUCACAGACUCUAUCAACAUGGCUUUCCAACAGCUAGGGGCCAAGUAUGCUGCAAAGAUUGAAAGUGAGAGCGGGAAUUCUACACCUCGUAAUAUGAAAGAAAAAGCCAAAGACUCUGAUGCUGCAACACGAAAGGAGAAAGUAUCAAUAGUUCUAAAUGAUGAGGACAUACUGAACCUGGACAAAGAGGAUACAGAAUCUUCAAACAGAGACAGAAGCGAUACAACAAGUUCAACCAAAGAUGACGAUACUUCAUUUGAUUCACCAGAAGAGGAGGAGCUCAGUGCUGCGAAGAAGAAGGUGCAGAGGCUGGCCAGGAAAUACAGUAAAAUGAUCAAACAUCAACAAGAGCAGCCUGCUACUAUUGUUGUCACAAGGAAGAACAGUGAGUCUUCAUCCUCUGAAACUGAUGGGAAGCAGAUUGCUUGGGCAGUCACUCACAGCCGGGGUGGAACUGUCAUCAAGCGCUUUGAGAUAGACAGCCCUUCUGGUACUGGGACAGGAGAUUCUGUCAGCAGAUCUACAACAGAUUCAGAAGAUGAUAAAUCCAGUGGCUCCAGACGUCCCAUAAGUCGAACAGCACAGAGCAGGAAAUCUGUCAGGGACUUUGUUAGGAAAUAUGAGGUGACCAAGUCGACUAAACCAGAGCCCAAGGUUGUGACACCUGUCCAAGAUGGCAUCAAGGAAAGACUCAAGAGCUUCCAAGUGGAUAAUAAACAACCCAAUAAAUCUCCUCAGCACCGAACAAGUAUGGGAUUCAAGAAGUUGUCGGAAAGGCGAAAAGAACUUGAAGAAUGGGUAGCCAAACCCAAACAGCGGUCUAGACAUAACUCUGAAGGUAAAGAUUCUACUGAUGGUCAUUCAUUCAGCAGCAGUGCUUCAGAUGCUGGUGAUCUUUCAUUUACCUUCAACAGCAACAGUUAUCAAGGUAGUUAUGCUUCCAGCUUACAUAGUAGUGGACGCAGCUCUCCGUGCAUUGAAGCUCGCAUGGCCAACAUCAAUGCCAUUAAGGAUGGUCUCUUGGAAUCUAUAAGUCGCUUGACCCCCCAUGAGGGCACUGCUGAAGAGGAAGAGGUGACUCCUGCCAUGUUCAAAUCCAUCCGAGAGAGAUUUGAAGAGCUUGAAAAGGCUGCCCACAAACCCAUCCCACGAACAGUUAGUGAUCCUCAAGAGGAGAUCAAAGGAAAUAGCGUGGUUGAAGAUGACGACGACGACACUAUUCAAGAUCUUACAGACAUUCAAUCUAUGGGAGAAGUUGAGACAAAUACAGCCCCGCUAAUUCUGGAUCUUGAUCUAGAUCUUCCAUUUCCUGAAGUCUUUGACACAUCAUCUAGUGAAAUGUCGGCAGUGGGUGUGAAAUCUUCAGAAUCUCUUAAUACCCGUCUCGAUGCUCUAGAUAUCUCAAGUGACAAUUCUGCAUCUGAUGCCAAGCAGUUCUCAUCCUCUUCCGACCUGCUCUUUCCAGAGAUUGGAAAGUUGGAAAGUACACCAACUGUUUCAGAGACACCCUCCAGCAAGCCUGUCACCAACGUGAAGGUCACAACUACCAGGCUGUCAGACUCAUGUCAUUCGGUAAGCUUGGAGAUAUCCCUCACAUCCAAGAAGAGAGAAUCUGCUCAUCCGACGACUCUGGACGUCCUCUCCCUCUAUGAAGGACUGUCCAUCGAGGAAGCUCUUGCAGAGGAGCAGAAGAUGCUGUCCCCAGAGCCAACACUUAACAGGUCAGAUUCAUCAGGGAGCAGCUACAAGGAUGCUAUCUCAGCCAAUCUCACUUCUCCAACUUCUGAGGACUAUGUCACCGCACCUGAAGAGCACUAAAUAUUGACAUAUGUGCUUAUUGUCACCCGCCAUUUGAUAAUAUGUCAAUGCUUUACACUGAAUACUUAACCAUGUUAUUUCAAAUUCUUUCAUUUUUUUACAACUUGUUCUUUCACCAGGUGACCAUUUGACAAAUUCAAGUAGAGCACAGAGAUUGAUUGCCAAAGGAAGUAGGGAUUAUUUUCAUAUAAAUCAAGUGCUUCUAAGAGCACGAGCCAUUUUGUAUUCAUUUUUGUAUUACGCAGUCAGUGCCUUGACAUUGAACAAUUUAAUUUCUAUUCUUCUCAUCAACUUGUUUUGGAUGGUGAAUUUGUGUGUUUGGAUUGCUCUUAUGUUAGUUGAAUGAAAAAAUAUUUUGGAGAAAAAUAAACAUCUUUUAGGGGUUGAUCAGUCGUUGUAUAGUGAUAUAUAAAACUUGUUUCAGCUUCUCUUAGCUCUGACAACUAUCUUCACUUUCUUUAUGUUCUUGUGGUUCACCGUUCUGUUUUAAGGAAAUUAGAAUGCAUUUAAUGAACAAGAGCUGUUUUUCUGCAUUGAGUAUCGAUUGGUCUACUUUUGAUAUUAUGAUGUCACUUAUGAUAUUAUAAUGAGGUAUAUUCCACUGAUACUUUGUUCAAUAUUUCUUGGUAUUUCAAAGGUGACACAGGUGAUCACAGAAGAUAUGAAAUCAUUUUAUAUCUCCUUGGGGAGUGGCUGUAUCAAUAUCACUGUCAUUGGUUGACCAUUGCAUCUUUCAUAUCCUUGUAGAAUUCAAGCUUGUAAGUGAUUUUCAUUGGAUCUAUAAUUCCAUCCUGUCAGUUUAAUUAGCUUCAUUCAUAUUUCUGAGAAAGAACAGAUUCUAGUCUGUUCUAUCGUUUGAAUGUUUUUGGCCUCGACGCCGCCCGAUCACGUCAUGAAACAGUCAUGUGACAGUCAUGUGACUGACUUGAUAGUUUGAUUGUGUGGGAGGAAGUCUUAAGGUCCGGAUUGUUCAAGCAAAGAUUACAUCAUUUGCUUGCAUAUAGUAAAUCUUAUAGGAUCAUCUAAAUUUCAUUCUACUUCAUAUAAAGUAUUCUUACUUUGAUAGAACAUUUGUUUUGCAUUUUAAAUGCAAACAUAUAAUCUUUCUUCACUAUGACUAAUUUUCUAGGAUAUAGAAUAUGUUGUUUCAGCCUUUUAAAUCAUUUUUUUCUUCUUAUUACUUACAUUCACUUGGAUUAUAGAAAGGCUGCUUUCAUACAUAUAAACCCUUACUAUCAUUUCUCAGUCAUGAAUCCUAUUAUCUGCUAGUCUGUGUAAACUGUUAGCCUAUCUUUUCGUUAAGUCUGAAAAUAUUUCACAGGCAACCUUCUUAUGAGAAGGAUUGAAAGCCAAAAAGCCAAAGCCCUAUUCAAACAAAUUGUGACAGUAUUGCUCCAUGCAAAGUGCCUUUCAACUUUUAUAAACAUUUCUGAUGUGAGUAAUCACGUAAUAUAACUGUUAAGUUUGUCCCCUUACCUUGUGUGGUGAAUUGAACAACAAGAUUAGUGUCUGCAUGUUUUUAGGGUGUUUUUUUUUUUUUAAUGUUGAAGAAGAUAAUGCACAUUGUACAUGUUUUCAAUAUAUGUCAAUGUCUUCUUUCAUUGUGCUAUUUUCUAAAUGCAAAACUCUGGAAUGUCUGUUGCCUGCUGCAAAAGUGGAGAUCUUUGAAAAAUAUUUUCUUUGUUUACUAUUAGGCACAAAACAGACUCAAAUUACAUGCUUUGACGCUAAAGCCAGGAUGCACAAAAUAUUUUCUUUGGAGAAACGCUAGUAUCAAGCAUGUAUCUCAUGGAUAUAAGUUGCAGAAAUUGUAUUUAGCAAAAGAAGCAGGAUAAAUAAAUCAUGUUGAGUGAACCACUUUGCAGUAGUUGUAUUUGUCUUGCUAAAAUGUUUUUAGCUUUAAGGCAUGUGUGUUGUGUAUAUCGUCGUAGAAAUAUUUAAUAUAUAAGGUAUGUGUAUUCAGGCUUAUCUAUGUGUUCCCUGAGCUUUGUAUGAUACUCUGUAAUUUACCCAAGGAUUUGGCAUGUAUAUUCAUCCAAAUGUAGUUAUGCUGUAUGUGUAUAUUUCUAUUAUAUCCACCAUGGUCAUUGUAUAUUUCAUUUAGAUUGCUUUUGUGAAGUCGAAGGGAGGUGUUGUAUCAAGCUAGAAAGAGUUCUGUGAAAGCACCUUUAUUCUCUCUACUUUUCUUGCCAAAUAGAGUAAUAAUAUGAAUCUCAGAAUUUAUUGAUAAAGAGAAAGUACCGUUGAUUAAGAUUUACUGUAAUAUGUAGUGUGGAUAUUUUUGUUAUCUUAAUAAAACUAAUUAUCAUUCCUGAUGUAAGAAAUUAAUGUUCAUAGUGUACAUUGCAAUGUUUUGAUAACAGAAGCACUAGCCAAUUGUACUUUAAACAGAUAUGUGGCAAGCAGCUAUUUUUCAUGUUUUGUACAAGCUAAAAUUUUAAAUGAAUCAAUGAUAAAGUAUGAGGAAUGAUGAUGUAUGUUAAAUUGAUAAACAUCUUUCACCUUUGCAAGUGAUUGUAGGUGUUGUGUCAGAGGAGAAAAACUAGUAAAUGUUAUCAUUAUAUUUAUGAAUGAAUUCAUAUCACUGACGAGUCAGAGUUGACAAAUAAUUGUUUAAAUUCUUAACAUGAUUAUUAGAGAAUUUAAAUGCAGUUGUUGUAUUCAGAAAUACAACAAUGUAAUUGCUCUUUUCAUCUAUCAAUCUAACUUUCAUUUUUGUCAGGUUAAGUGGAAAACAAAUCAUUAAUAUUAAUUUUUCUUAAGAAAUUGUCUUUUCCUUUCAUGUAAAACUUCAAAUAAGGUGCUAUGAGUCUUUCCACUUCCAAGUUCUUCUUACAUGUCACAAUGUAGCAAUCGUGCUAAGUAAUUGAGUCACAGGUACGAUAGUGGUGCUAUUUCAAUUUUGGAACUACCUUUAGAGGCUAUAAUACCAACUAAUGGGGCCGUCAAACAUGUCAGCAUUUAAGCACAUACAGUGCACUGUAAAUUAUUUGCAGUUACGUGUAUCCAUUCUUUGCUAUUUUCUUAGUGAAUUAUGUGUAUGUGAUUUUGAAGAGAAAGUAGUAUGUUUAAAUGGCCUUAUCACUUCAACUAAAGUGGAGAUUAUAAAGAGACCACCUUUCAUAUUGUGCUGCACAAUUAUGUUGAAUUAUAAACAUUGGACAAGUACAACUGUAGUUGAUGUGUACGCAAGCUUACCUAUUCUGUAUGAAUUGUUAACAUUAUUGAUGAUAAUUUGGGUUUUUAUCCUAUCUGUAUGGUUUGGCAGCACUCACAGAAUGCCUCAAAGUUAAUGCUAAUCUGUUGCAACUUGCAGUGUCCUUUUCCAGGUAAAGAGACUUUCUGUAAAUUCAUGAUCAGAUUGGGUUUACGUGCUACGUUUGAUCUAAUGGUUUAUUAGCACAAGCUUGAUAUGCAGACCAGCUAUAAUCUGUUUAUAUCUGCACAAAUAUUUAGGCACUGUAUCUACUUAAAUGCCUUUCUCUCCAGCGAUAAAAAUACCGUCUUUUUCUACAUUGUGUAAUGUAUACCCAUAGUAUACCGUCAGCUUUCAGAGUUUAUCAACUACCUGUGGACUUAAUAUUGAUGAAUUUUCAAUAAAAUAAGAACAAAUCAACUCAAAAUUGAUCUUACUAAAUUUAUAAAAAUAUGACCAUGAAUUGAAUACAUUGUAUAUCUUUUGCUUAUGUUGCUGUAUGAGUUGUAUUUAUUCAUUUGAUAAAGCAAAGCAAUGUUUUGUUAUUGUUUUGUAUAAUUUGUAAGAGGUAUGUCUGUUGUCUUUGUUACGGCCCUCGCUUGACAUCACUACCUCUUUCUUCAGGUAGUGAAAUGUACAUCAUACAAUAAAAACAAGGCGUCCAGACUGGAAACACAAAA